GUAAAAGGCCAAUCACAGCGGCCUUUUACCACGCGAUCAGCCGUGUCCAAUGACACGCUGAUCACCGGGAAAUGCAAAUGCCGGUUCUCGGCUGCACUUUCCUCACGCUGUCAGAUCAGCAGGGAACGGCACCGAUCAUCAGGGUCACUGAUCAUCAGUGCCCUGAUGAUCGGUGCCCAGCAGUGCCACACACAAGUUCCGCCCACCUGUGCCCAGCAAUGCACCCACCUGUGCCGCCCACCUGUGCCCAGAAGUGCCACCCACCUGUGCCCAGUAGUUCCACCCACCUGUGCCCACCAGUG